AUGAUCAUAAUUAUUUCAGCAGCUGCAGUAUCUGUUUAUCGUCCAUGGGAAAAGCACCCUUACUACAACCUAACAGUGAAAGUCCUCCGAGCCAGAAACAUCAGGGGUACAGAUCUGUUGUCCAAGGCAGACUGCUAUGUGGAACUAAAGCUGCCCACUGCAUCUCCCAUAGUCUCCCGAACUCAGGUUGUUGACAACAAUGAUAACCCAGAAUGGAAUGAAACUUUCCGGUAUCGAAUCCAUAGUGCUGUCAAGAACAUUCUGGAGUUGACACUCUAUGAUAAGGAUGUCCUUGUCAGCGAUGAGCUCACGUCUAUUGUCUUCGAUGUAGGGGGCAUGAAGCCGGGUCGGCCCCUGCUGCGCACUUUCAGGUUGAACCCUGAGGCUAAUGAAGAGCUGGAUGUAGAGUUUUACUUGGAGAAAUGCUCAGAUGUCCCUACAGAGGUAUUGACCAAUGGAGUCCUUGUGGUUCAUCCUUGCUUGUCUCUGCAAGGCACUGUUAACAAAGGGGAAAACACAAAAGAGAAACAGCAAGGGUGCUGUGAAGUUAAGUUGUCUGUCCCAGGGGCAUAUCAAAAGCAGUUGAGUAUUCCUUGGACACCAGAUAAUGAAAAGCAUUAUGGAACCUCAUUUGUUUUUCAUAUGGAUAAAGAAAUGUGUCCAGAACUGCAAGUGCAGCUGGAGCAAACCAUAUCUGUUCUACAGGAUGGUGUGAACCCUGAUGUUGAAAAGCAUACUACAGUUCUGGGAUUGGGAACUGUACCAGUUAAUUCCCUUCCUAUUGGAGAAAAAGUUGAUAGAAGCAUUUCUUUGGGAGAGGGACAAAGUCUGGAUAUGAGUUUGAAAACUGAAGAGAGCACUUGGGAUCUUGAUAUACGUCUGGGUUUCGACCUCUGUAAAGAGGAGAGAGAAUUUUUGGACAAAAGGAAGAAAGUAGUUUCUGAGGCACUGAGAAAGAGUCUUCACUUAAAAGAAUCCCCUCCGAAAGAUGAGGUUCCAGUCAUAGCAGUACUGGGGUCUGGAGGUGGGAUGAGAGCACUGACAUCGUUCUAUGGCAGUCUUGCUGGACUUCAGCAGCUGGGCCUUUUGGAUGCUGCAAUAUAUCUGAGUGGGAUUUCUGGCUCUACUUGGUGUUUAUCGACACUGUAUCAAGACCCCAACUGGUCACAGAAAGACCUUCAAGAUGCAAUCAGAAGAGCUCAGGAUGCUGUGUCCAGCAGCAAAGGAGGGGCAUUUUCCCCAGAACGACUGAAAUACUAUUUCCAGGAGCUGAAUGCAAUGGAGAAUAGUGGACGGAAAGUUUCCUUUACAGAUUUGUGGGGCCUUAUUGUGGAAUUUUUCCUACAGCAGAAGGAAGACCCAUCAAAGCUGUCUGAUCAGCAAGAAGCAGUGAAAUGGGCCCAGAACCCUUACCCUAUCUAUGCAGCUGUCAAUGUGAGACCCAAUAUGAGCAGUGGUGACUUUGCAGAAUGGUGUGAGUUCACUCCUUAUGAAGUUGGAUUUCGCAAAUAUGGAGCUUUUGUCAGAACAGAGGACUUUGACAGUGAGUUCUUCAUGGGACGACUUAUCCAGAAACAUCCAGAGCCCAGGAUUUGUUUCCUACAAGGAAUGUGGGGCAGUGCUUUUGCGGCAAGCUUGGAUGACAUCUGCCUGAAGGUGGUUGGUAUAGGACUGAGCUUUCUAGAUUCUUUCAAAGAUGUUAUAAAAGUUGUAGAUGACUGCCGAAGAUUCCAUUUCCGAGACCCAGCACGACUGAAGACUCGCUUGGUUAUACCUGGGGGCCCCUUGCUACAGAUUUUUCAGGAUUUCUUCAAGUCCCGGGUCACAUGUGGAGAAACCUUCAACUUCAUGAAGGGAUUGUAUCUUCAUAAAGAUUAUGUUAACAUCAAGAAAUUUGUGACUUGGAGAGGUACUCAUCUGGAUGCAUUUCCCAACCAGCUGACCCCCAUGGAAGAGAACUUAUAUUUAGUGGAUGGUGGCUUUUCUAUCAACUCUCCCUUUCCUUUGGUACUUCAGCCAGAGAGGGAUGUGGAUGUUAUCUUGUCAUUCAAUUUUUCCUGGGAAGCUCCGUUUGAGGUUUUAGAGCUGACUCAGAAAUAUUGUGAGGAGCGUGACAUUCCUUUUCCAAAAAUCAAAUUUAGUGAGGAAGAUGAAAAGAAGCCAAAGGAGUGUUACAUGUUUGUGGAUGAUAAUAAUCCAAAGGCUCCAAUUGUAGUCCAUUUCCCAUUAGUGAAUGACACUUUCCAGAAAUACAAGGCUCCAGGAGUUGAACGUGAGUCAGAAGAAGAGAAAUCCUUUGGUGACUUCAUCAUUGAGUCAAAGGAUUCUCCUUACCGUACACUAAAUUUCACCUUUGAACCAUAUGAUUUCAGCAGGUUAGUGGAAGUGAAUCGCUACAAUGUUCUGAACAGCAAGGACACUCUCUUCAAAACCCUAAACUUGGCUCUGCAAAGGAGGAAGUUGAAGAAGGUCAUCAAUAAGUCCAAUACAUGAUCAGCUUCCAGAGCUGCGCUCUGAUGAAAACUCAAGGGAUGUACCGUACAACAUGGAUGUUGCUUCCUUGUGUGGGGAAGAGUAAGGAAUCAUCUAGCCCAGUAUCUCAAUUUACAGUGGCUGAUGCCAGAUGAUUAGGGAGGUCUAUUCAAACAGUUCCAGCAUCUGGAGAAUAAUCUUCCAAACUCCACUAAACGAUGCACCUCUUUUUGUCAAAGGUGUGUUAGUGUUUGGGGAAACACUGAUUUCUUCUGUACUUUUAUCUCUCCUGCUUUUUGAAUCUCCCUUCUUGAACUUUUACAAUUUACAUCAUCUUGCAGGUAAUUCCACAGAUACACACACACUGAGAGAGAUGUGUCCUUUUGCUUUCAACUUGUUACUGGAUGAUGCCUGCAUACUUUCAAGACUGAACAGUGAUUACUUGCUUUCUAUUUUUGCCAUUCACGAUUUCAAAGAUCUUUGUGAUAUUUCCUCCCUACCCUUCUCAGGGAUUUUAAUGACUUUUAGUCUACCAGAACUUCAAUAUUGAGUACCUUAAUUUCAUAGACAAUUUGUUUUUGAGGAAAUAAAUAUUCACUUUUUUAUGUUUAACAAUUAAAAACACACUGUGGGAUUGUGUUGCUUCUUCCUACAGUUUGAUCAUCAUGAGAUGAUGAAAGUGUGAUGAAAGUACCAUGAGUCUCAUCUUUCUCUUUGUGUAUAAGAGGAAGGAAGGCUCCUUUCAAGGUUUCGAAUUAGAUAUUUUCUGCCUUACACUUCAGUGUGCAGUUCAACCAGACCUUUGUUGGAGGAAUUUGCGUGUCUAUAUAUUUCAGAAACAUCAACAGUCAAAGUAACCACACCUUACAAAUGUGAAUGAAUAAAACAAUGUGCUGCAGUGCUGUGGGAUGGAAUUCACCUCACUUUGCAUAAAGCUCAGAGAAAAGGACUGAAUUAUGCAGUUGGAAAAUAUAUGGUACAAAAAUAUGUAAUACAAAACAAUGACAAACAAGCAUUGUUUACUUUUGUGGCUUUUACACUGAGUUGAAUGUACUGAUUCUGUAUUUGAAAACCGGAGACAGGAAAUUCGUCUUAUGAAAGAAUGUAAAGGCUUAUA